GYACGCCUUUAAAUGAAACUCGUGUCGGCAAACAGACGGUUUAUAUGCGCGUAAUACUCACAGGAAAAGUAUCGGGAAUAUUUGGGGUAGGUUGCUAACUUAAUGUUAGCAAAUAGGUGAAAAAUUGAAAAUAAGGACCAACAAGAGGAGUCCUGUUUUGAAAGCAGCUGAUGAAAAUGCCAUGGCAAUAGCCGAGGCAUGGGAGUGACGUGACGCACGUUGAUGCACUUCUGAUCAAAAACCUCAUGGAUCAUGGUUUUCUGAAGUUAGACAACACCUGAGGAGGAUGGAUGAAUCGGUGCUGUUGGAUUUGCUUGAGUGUCCCGUGUGCCUGGAGCGCCUGGACGCCUCCGCCAAGGUCCUCCCUUGUCAGCACACCUUCUGCCGCAGAUGUCUCCAAGGCAUCCUGGGCUCGCGCGGGGAGCUGCGCUGCCCCGAGUGCCGGACGCUGGUGGAGUGCGCCGUGGACGAGCUCCCGAGCAACAUCCUCCUCGUGCGCCUGCUGGAUGGCAUCAAGCAGAGGCCUCGGAGGACCGGCUCCGGCGCGGGGGUCUGCACGAACGGUACAUCCGGAGCCACGGCCAGGGCGCACGGGAGCGGAACGAGGGAGCAGGCCGCUCCAGGUGCACAACCUCAGCGCGCCCAGGCUAAGAGCACCGCUGUCCGGGGUGUCCCACAGCUCGCUUGUGCCAAAGCACUGUACAACUAUGAUGGCAAGGAACCAGGAGAUCUCAAAUUCACCAAAGGCGAUAUCAUUAUCCUGCGCCGGCAAGUAGAUGAGAACUGGUACCAUGGAGAGAUGGGUGGAGUGCACGGCUUUUUCCCCACUAACUUUGUGCAGGUCAUUAAGCCGCUGCCACAGCCGCCGCCUCAGUGCAAAGCUCUCUAUGACUUUGAGCUCAAAGACAAAGAGGCYGACAAGGACUGUCUGCCCUUCUCCAAGGAUGAUAUCCUGACUGUAAUACGCAGAGUUGAUGAAAACUGGGCAGAGGGAAUGCUGGGAGAUAAAAUUGGAAUUUUUCCCAUCUCAUAUGUGGAGUUCAACUCUGCGGCUCGUCAGCUUAUAGAGUCAGACAAGCAGUCGGACUCGAGUGGAGACUCCGGUGAAGGGGCCUCCUUGGGGCCUCAGAGCAACGGUGCCCAGCGGGCAGGAGAGAAGAAGAACAGCAAGAAACGGCAUUCCUUCACUUCCCUCACUAUGUCCCACAAACCCAUGCUAGCUCCUCCCCCGCAGCGCCACUCCAUGGAGAUCAGUGGGCCGGUCCUCAUCAGCUCCAGCAAUCCCACGGCAGCUGCCCGGAUCGGCGAGAUUAGCGGGGGGCUUUCCAGCAGCGCACCUUCACAGGUACAUAUUUGCACAACUGGACUAAUUGUGACCCCGCCUCCUAGUAGUCCUGUUACUACAGCAACAGUUUUCACAUUUCCCUCUGAUGCAAGCUACACAUCCAUCACCUUGGAUGCUCUCCCRCCACUCCCACCUCCUCCCCCACAGGCUUCUGUUAGCGGAGCAGCGUUUUCGGUCGCUGCCGGACAGAGACCCUCCCCCAGCUUGGGCGACCAAAGUGGGAGACAAAGACCUACAGUCUAUGUGGCAAUGUUCCCGUACACUCCCCGUAAGGAGGAUGAGCUGGAGCUGAGGAAAGGAGAGAUGUUUCUGGUGCUGGAACGCUGUCAGGAUGGCUGGUUCAAGGGCACCUCCAUGCACACGGGCAAGAUUGGAGUUUUCCCUGGAAACUACAUGAGUCCAGUCAGCAGGACAGCAUCUGGCAGCUCCCAGGCCAAAGUUCCCAUGAGUCUUUGCACUCAGGCUGGCAGAGGAAUCACCAUCGUCAGCCCUUCCUCUGCUUCUCUGGGGGCCAUUGUUCAAGGGCCUGACUUCAACAAACCCCUCACUGUGUGCUCCACCGCUGGACCUGCCUGCUCCCAACCUGCAGCUGUGGUGACAGCAGCUCAGACGGCCACAGGCCAGCAGCCAAAAGUGCCCGUGCAUAUCAGCUCACAGAUGACUGUGAACCAGGCCCGCAACGCUGUCAGAACAGCAGCUUGUCACAGUCAAGACAGACCCACAGCUGCAGUGACACCCAUCCAGUGUGCGGCCCCUGUGACCUUCGUCCCACAGCUUGUAGUUUUCCCACAGCCCUCCUCCAGCAGCGCUCAGGGCUGUACCCGGGCAGGAGUGGCACUCAGCUGCGCUGCUGCCUCUCUGACUCCUCCUAAUGUGAACGCUGCGUCUCUGGAUGUGGACGCUUUAAGACCAGUGCCCACUGGCAACAACGCUGCACUUAACCCCUCAUCWAACAACGCACCCUGCAGACUGGACAAGGAUGGCAAGAGAGAAAAGAAGAGUCUCCUGAAGCUGCUGUCCUCCAAUAAGAAGAGGUCUCGUCCCUCACCCCCCUCCUCUCCCACCCCCGAGGCGGAACAGGCUGCUGCUGGAGAGGUGCUGCAUGGAGCCGUGGGCCCCGACACCUCCCCUCCCCCUGGCCCUCUCAGCUGGCUCGAGUCUGAACCUGCUGCUGCUGCUUCAUCCUCCUCCUCCCCCUCAGGCCCGGAGUCCUCCCAUCGGAAGAACAGUCCUCUUGACGGAUGUGCCCCCAUCGCUCCGCCCCCUCGUCAGCCCUGCUCGUCUCUUUCAUCACAGCAGCACGAUGCACGUCCCAUCAUAUGUGAGAGGUACAGGGUGGUGGUAUCAUACCCUCCGCAGAGCGAGGCAGAGCUGGAACUCAAGGAGGGGGACAUUGUGUUCGUCCACAGGAAGCGGGAGGACGGCUGGUUCAAAGGCACGCUGCAGAGGAACGGCAGGACCGGCCUGUUUCCUGGCAGCUUCGUGGACAGCAUCUAACCGAGUCACCUGAAGCCAGCUUCACUGACUCUGACAGCAUCCAUCAUGCCGACACUUGAAGUCCUUACAAAUGAGACUAAAGAGGAGAGCACAGAAGAGAGCACACGACUCAUGAACUUUUCUUUUUCCUGUUUUUUAUAUAUUUGUAAUAACUCAGCUGGUAAAUGUGUGCCUUGUACUGUUCCCCACUUUAUUGCAUAGGGACAUAAUUAUAAUUAGUCCUUAAAACAACCUGUAUGAACCGGUAUGUUACACAUUUUAACUUAUUUCAUGUUCUGUUUAGGUAGUAGCACACAUUAAGGGGGUAGAGUAGAACAAACAUGCCUGUCGUAUUAGACCGCAUCAUCUUUUCUUUCUCUACUGGGCUGCUGAGAAGUUUGGUCAUUAUUUAAAGCUGUCAGCAGCUAAGAGACAGGAUAUGAGCUGGAUCCAGCCAGAACUAAUCACUUGUGCUGCAUUGCAAAAAAAAGAAAAAAGACCCUUCCCUCUUCUGUUACCUGAAAGAGGAGCAGAAGAAAGAUCUGCUGUAUUGCGCAUUUGAAUCCUCAAAGCUAAAUUUCACAGCCUUGUAAACGCUGCACAUCACUAAACACCCGUGUGCCAUGUAGUUUUCUUUUCCUUUUUUAAGGUGCUGCGUAGUUUCUUCUAGCAGAGAUCAAACCCUUGCAUGUCCUCAGCACAAAGCCAGGAGAGAGAGCGGUGAUAGUUUGACCACGCCUUUCUGAUAUCCUGAAAACACUCCAAAUGGACUUUGCAGUUAAAUGUUGCUGAAUUUGUACUUUCUUUUAUAUAUAUAUAUAUAUAUAUAUGUAGUGAUCAGAGUAGCAGCUCUCCUGCCCCCCACCCCGGACCUUGACAGAGCUCUGCAGCACAGAGCAAAGCAACAUUUGAACCAGUCUUGAUCAGUGCUGUUGGUGAUGUGUUAGACAUUUCCCCGAGGCUGCCGCCUGCUGCUGGUAGAGUUAGAGACUGAGGCGACACACACAGCCUUCAGUGGACCUUCUGACUCUUUCUGAUGUGACUUGUGGCAAUAAAACCUACUGCUGACUGAAGCACA